AUCAAUGUAAAUAAAAUGUUCCACUUUUCCUUGCUCUUUCAGAACAGGUACGGGGAAGCUUUGAAAUUGGGGAUGGAGUUUCUCGAGGAGAAGGGAAAAGCGGUGCUGGGUCUUCGAGGGCCGAGGAAACAUCGGCACCGGAUAGUACGAGAGAAGGUACUGGACACCCUGAACACUUACGUGGACAAGACUCUGGAGUCUGGAGACAGUAUUAGUUACCAUGAGGCCCUUCCGUCCAUAAUCAACCAUUGUGUGCAGCUGGACCAGAAAGAGCUGCUGUUCACCAAGGUCUGGGACGGCCUGUACUGUGACCCUGGCGCCAGAGCCAUCUACCUGCAGAGUCUGGAGGCUGUGGUGUUGGAGGGUAAGCUGAGCUCUGUACCUCCGGAGAUCAUGCAGCAGCUGGUCAAGCAGUUGGAGCAGAUGGAGAAGUGGCAGGUGCUGGAGAGGUGCGUGUUGGCUGUGGACAUUGUUGGUAUAGACAUAGAACAGGUGCUAGUGUUGUACUUGGCCACAAAUACCUGUACUGUGUACGAUGCAGGUGCUGGAGAGGUGCAUGUUGGCUGUGUACAUUGUUGGUAUAGACAUAGAACAGGUGCUAGUGUUGUACUUGGCCACAAAUACCUGUACUGUGUACGAUGCAGGUGCUGGAGAGGUGCAUGUUGGCUGUGUACAUUGUUGGUGCUGGAGAGGUGCGUGUUGGCUGUGUACAUUGUUGGUAUAGACAUAGAACAGGUGCUAGUGUUGUACUUGGCCACAAAUACCUGUACUGUGUACGAUGCAGGUGCUGGAGAGGUGCAUGUGCUGGAGAGGUGCGUGUUGGCUGUGUACAUUGUUGGUAUAGACAUAGAACAGGUGCUAGUGUUGUACUUGGCCACAAAUACCUGUACUGUGUACGAUGCAGGUGCUGGAGAGGUGCUGGAGAGGUGCGUGUUGGCUGUGGAUAUUGUCUGUAUAGACAUAGAACAGGUGCUAGUGUUGUACUUGGCCACAAAUACCUGUACUGUGUACGAUGCAGGUGCUGGAGAGGUGCUGGAGAGGUGCAUGUUGGCUGUGAACAUCGUUGGUAUAGACAUAGAACAGGUGCUAGUGUUGUACUUGGCCACAAAUACCUGUACUGUGUACGAUGCAGGUGCUGGAGAGGUGCUGGAGAGGUGCAUGUUGGCUGUGAACAUUGUUGGUAUAGACAUAGAACAGGUGCUAGUGUUGUACUUGGCCACAAAUACCUGUACUGUGUACGAUGCAGGUGCUGGAGAGGUGCAUGUGCUGGAGAGGUUGCCGCGGCGUGAGGGCCUGGCCCCGGUUGUUGGCUGUGUGCUGGAGAGGUGCAUGUUGGCUGUGAACAUUGUUGGUAUAGACAUAGAACAGGUGCUAGUGUUGUACUUGGCCACAAAUACCUGUACUGUGUACGAUGCAGGUGCUGGAGAGGUGCUGGAGAGGUGCGUGUUGGCUGUGGACAUUGUCUGUAUAGACAUAGAACAGGUGCUAGUGUUGUACUUGGCCACAAAUACCUGUACUGUGUACGAUGCAGGUGCUGGAGAGGUGCUGGAGAGGUGCGUGUUGGCUGUGGACAUUGUCUGUAUAGACAUAGAACAGGUGCUAGUGUUGUGUCGACAACACGAUCUCCACGAUGCUCUCAUAUCCGUAUGGAACAGAGCGAUGCUGGAUUACACCAGUCCCAUACACGAGUUGGUGCCGCUUCUGCAGACGUUGCUCGAUCAAGGUGAGGUGGAACGGGGACGUUGCCUUGGAAACCGACUGCUGGUAUACCUCAGCUGCUGCCUGUCAGGACGGGGAUAUCCCCAUGGGGAUCUCCCUCCCAGCUCCGUGGAGACAGUGAGGCAACAAGUAUUCAAGGCCCUCUGCAGCCAGCAUACUGUCAAUGCCACGGACUCCGAAGUUUGCUACCCCUUCCUUAGAAUUCUGCUGCAGUUUGAUACUCGCGAGUUCCUGAAUGCUUUGGCGAUUGCGUUCGAAGAUCCUCAAUUUUCAUCACAACUGCGUCAGAGAUUGGUCAACAUCCUGAUUCAAGUUAUGGUGGAGGGGGAGGGUUUUGCUUCAACGCAGGUGGGGUGGCUCUUCACGUUUCUUGCCAGUCAGCUGUCGCGCUCGCACUGUGUGCUCCGCGUGGACACCAAGCUGUUUGAGCGCGUGGUGGCACAUCUCACUGCGCCAGGCCAGGACAGCACUCACAGCGAGCGCCAAGCUGCGUUCAGUCAGCUGAUGGCGGCCGGAGGGCUGGCACAUUACACUCACCAGGACCUGCUCGCGCUCGCACGCUCGGCAGAGUUCUAUCAGGUGUGCGCCACUCUACACGAGCGUAGGGGCGAACACCGGCAGGUACUCAAGUGCUAUCUGCUGGACAACGGCAGGAAACACAGGGUGUUCAACUACAUAGAGCAGUCUUCGCACAAGUCCGACCUGCAGUCCGCGGUUUCUGACAACAUUGACGGUCUGUUGGACAUAGACGCGACAGAGACAGGCCACAUGGUGCAGAGACAUUUCUCCCAGAUCAUUCCUGACAUUGUCCCUCUUCUGUCGGACAAGCAGCUCUACCUGUUCCUCAAGGGUGUUCUGUUGGAGGGGGAGCUGGAACCACCUCUGAUGACCAGGUACUUUGUGCUGACUUGCCAUCUAGAUCCAGAGCUGGCCUUACCUCUGGUGCAGGCUAACAAGAACAUCCAACUUGACCAGGCUAUCCAGGCCUCAACCGAGCAAGGGCUGGACGAAGUAACAGCAGUAUUAUUGGAGCGUUCCGGAGACCUCCAGGGGGCCUUCGACCUCCUGCUCAACAGGCUUCACUCUUCCAUGGACAAGGGAGAACCGCUAGAAUCUCAGAUGCAAGAGUUGGUUGGGUUGGCACACCGAGGGAACAACGUCAUGGACCCUCGUAAAUCCUGGCUCCCUCUUCUGCAGUGUUUGCUCAAGCUCAACUCUCACGAGAUGCUGAGGCAGGUGCUGAGUAACACGGAUCUGAACCUGGCCUCAGAGUUACACCUGCUGCUGGAGCACACCAACGGCACUCUGGGCCAGUUGCGGCCUCUCAUCAUGGGACUGUUCGAAAAGUGCGUACACGAGAAGGCGAUGUUGCGGACGACGGUCCAGCUGCAGUACCAGGACUUGCACAGUCAGCUGCAGAAAGUCCUGCAAGACUCGCGGAGGGGUCAGCUGGUACCAUCUAGCUGUUCGACAUGCCAGUACACGCUGCAUUCCACCCUGCAUCUCUUCAGAUGUGGGCACAUAUUCCACGUAGACUGUUUGGCCUCUCCGAGUCAUUAUAAUGAGUGCUAUAAACCUGAAGUUCCAGGUUAACCAAUGAUAUUAUCUCGUCACUACUUGACACAAUCUAUUUGUUA